AUGUUCAGACUUGUUCAACAGCAGACUCUAAAGACUAGGGUGCAAGUGCCCAACCAGUUUGUUUCUGCGUCGAGAAACUCACUGAACUCGCAGUUUCGUUUUAAUAGUGCUGUGGCGUUAGAUAUCAAUGCGAGCCAGGAUCCUGCGGCCGCAGCUGCAGCAGCAGCUGGAUUGAAAUCUCCAUCGGAUAGAAGUUCAUCAAAAGGGUUCGAGAGCAAUGAGGUAAUUGAAAGGAAUGUCAAGAAGGUGCGUAAUUUGAGGAAGAAUAUUAAGUUCGAUAACUUCAAGAAGUCAGCUAACUAUGCGAAGUUGAAUGCCUUGGAUGACUGUCUGGCCAGAGGGUUGGAAGCGUCGAUGGCUCGUCAAGGCGAUGGUAGAUACACGGAACACACCAACAUGUUUUGGGAUUCUGUGAACACUGCUAUGAAUCUUUACCGGGACUUGACGUCUAUGAACGAUUUGACCGCUAUGCGUGCUAGCCGUGUGAUUCAGUUGCUACAUAUUGCUUUGAAGAUUAACCGUACGCAGUUGACCAGUAUGAAUAAGAAACCGGAUUAUGACUCGCAAUCUUUCCACAAGGAGAUGACCAACUACUUGUGCGAGUCGUUAAGAGAGAUCUCAGCAGAUAUUCUGGGCGGACGUGUCGGAGUAACGGAACACGGUGCCUCCCACCUACUAUCUUCUUUCAAGGAGUUGCUACUGUAUGAGGAAACUUUGAACAUCUGGAGAUCUGCAGUGAACUCGGAUAAUAAGGAUAUCGUGAAGCCAUUCAUGUAUCCUAACGUUGUCGGUGUUGUUCUCCCCUUGCUAUACGAGAACGGUACCUCUUUCGACGAAAUCAAGACUUUGUACGAAAAGUCCGCUAACAUAGUGCCUCACAGACAAGGACCUAGCCCCAACCUUAUCUUGGGUAUGAUCAAGACCUCAUUAGCUGCUAACGAAAACGAACACGCAUUGGCUCUCUUCCAAGAAAUGUGCACUGCAGAAGGAUCUGCAGCUUCUCCAUAUGCUGCCUUGACCGGUACCCAUUUGGCUUUCAUUGGUGAGUGUAAGGAUUUGUUCGUCGCCAAGAGCUUCUUCGAGAGGGCCUUGAGCAAGGAAAUGCCUUACAAGAUCAACUUGCAAGUAUCUUCUGUCAAGCAGUUAAUUCAGAAUAUUUGGGAUCAAACCCACGACUUUAACGAAGUUGUUGACGUUUGGGUCAAAGCAACUAGAUACUACGGCCAAAAGGUGUCUCACGGUAUCUCCUCCUCCUUGAACUCCAAGUUCAUUUCCAUCUUUUUUGAGAACUAUGUCAACGAUAAGGUUGCCGGCUUGGAACACUUAAAGGAACUCAUCAACGCCUAUAAUGACAUGAAGGCCAUCGAUGAGCCUUUCCUAAACAUUAUCUUGACCAAGUGUACCGUGUGGAAGGACAAGAAUAUCAUUGAGUCUUUGGAAAAACUUUACGAACUAUACCACAUUCCAAAGACCAUUGUCACCUACCGUAUCAUCUUAAAGGCUAUGGGAAGUAUCGAUGUCUCUAAUGAGGUUAUCACUGACAGAUGGAUCCAACUUAUUAAGAAGGCAGACCAAAUCGGCCAAACUUACAUCGCUAACGCUGACUGGGCUGCUUUGAGAGAUGCCACUGUUACAUACGCUGAAAAGGAUUUCCAAGCAAAUAAGAAAAAUAUCUCGGCUAAUGGUUCUGCAGGUUUCGGUAUGACUAGACAGGACUCCUACAACCCAGCCUUGGAAGCCGCUAACGCCAGUGGUGCCUUUGAUGACUUUAAUGAACCUUGUUCGACUGGUAACGGACAGCCCCAAACUUUAACUGGUGCCAACAACAGUAGCAGCAGUGAACAAGAUAAAGAUGACAGAGUUCUUCUCUACUAUAAACUAGUCAAACGUUACGGAGGCUACUGCAGAGACGCUAAACAAUAUUCACGUAUAACAACUGGUAUCGCUUCCAACUUCGAAGUCGCUGUUCAGUAUUUGCCAAUCCUAAACUCGUUGGAUGUAUCCUCUAUGUACGUCCCACCACUAACGAAUUUCCAAUUGAAACAUUGA